AUGGGCUCCUCAUUGAAUUUCGCAAAGACAAUCCUAAUCCCCGCCUCCAUCGCCCUAACAGUCUACCUCCUCUUCUCCCUCCUCAUAAUCCCCUUCUUCCGACGCUACCACCAACGUUACUCCCAAUACCUCCCCAUGCACACCAUCUCCGCACACACACUCUCGCUCCGCGACCGCACAGCCGACGCAACAAUGCGCUUCUUCCUCCCGUCAUCAUGGCGCCGAGAUCGAGAUCCGCACGCCGCCGAUAACGAUAAUAUCAGCAUUGACGAGGAAGAGGGCGAGCUUAUGGUGGGCAUGGAUAUGGAUGCAAGGAGGAGGGAGGCGUUGGAGCGCAGGCGGGCGCCGGAGGAGGGGAGGUUGAGUCGGGAACUUGAGGAGGGGUUUAUGGAUGAGAGUGAUGAGGAGGAGACUGUUGUGAGGGGGGUUUUGGGGACGAGGCGGUAA